AGUAAAAUGAGUGAUUAAUAAUAGAAGAGUGAAAGCCAGGAUAAUUCUAGUUUACAAUCAUCUUAAGAUGAACAAUAAUAAAAAACUAUAAAGCCUGUUGAAUUAAUCACUCUCCCAAAGGUUUAUCCACAGUCUGUAAAUAAUGAAUAACCAUCAACAAGAGAAGAAAAGAAAAUUAAAUAAUAUUUAUAACGUAUACAAGAAUAAGAGCGUUAAGAGGAAGUAUGUGUCUUUUAAAUUUAGAUUGAUAAAGGUUGCCACUUAAAAAAAGAAGCGCUUUAAAGUAAGUGAAAUUUAAUAUAAUCAGGUAAACCCGCCAUUAAAGUAGCAGGAUAAUUUAGAUUUGGCAAUAAAUGCAGAAAAUGGAGAUGAUGAAGGAAGGUAAGAGAUAUCUUUUGUCAUAGUAUUAGUUUAUUAAUACCUCCAACGAUUUAACUAAAUCCUUAAGUAUUGUAAACAGAAUAAUAAUCUGAAAUCCAAACACAACAAUUAAAGAUGAGAUUAAAUCCUAAACUAAAAAUAAAAGUAAUUUUGUUUUGUAACAAUAGGAAAAACACCAUGUUUACAUUUAUUUAGCAAAUUGUUAAGAUGAAAGCUUAGAGGGUUUUUAGUAAUAAACAUCAAGAGCAACCUAAUUUUAUUCACCUUAAAAACAACUCAAAGACUAAUCUAGUUUAAAUUAAAUAAACUAAGACAUAUUCUAAGAAACAACUAUCAUAAUUAAAAAUAUAAAAAAUCAAUACUAAUAAUAUAUAGAUUAAAUUUCUCAUGGAUACUUAAGUGAUUAAAAAGAUUUCUUUAGCAAAUAUUUAGAUAAGAAGUACAUAGAAUCUGUUCUAAGAGAUAACAAAAUGUAGAUAUAAAAGAAAUAAAUAAAUGAUAAACAACCAUAAACUGGAAAAUAGAUCCCAAAAAAAUAUUGAUAC